AAAAAUUAUAAAUCAUAGUAAUUACAAUGAGUACUAAUCGCUUGAGGAGUUCCAGCGUGACUAACAAACGGUCACCGAAAAUUGGAGAGAAUACAAGAAAAAAUACGCUUAGGGCAUCGUCUACCUUGGACACUGGUUGGAGCCAAAAUUUACACUCUCAUCCUUUAAGAUCUACAGCGUCGAAUAUUUAUCAGCCUAACACGUGCUCGAGUGAACAUGAUCUCAAACGAUCAGAGGAGAAAACGUCGGAAGAGACGAUUCUUAUUGAAGUGGACGGAAAUAUCGAUGACUAUCUGACCAAUCCAGAUAUAAAGAAUUUAUCUGUCAAGCAAAAAAACGAUGCAUUCCUUCGUCGCAAUCAUCGUUACAUCUACGAUUAUCCAAACGUUUCACAGGCGAUGUUAGCUAUGCAAAAGUUACAAAAACUUAAAGAAUUACAAAGAAGACGAGACCUAACUGAAAAGUAUUAUUCUCAUGAGAUAAGGAAACUAAUCGGCGAUUAUUUUAAUGCAAAUCCAAGGACCGAAUUGUCAUCAUUGAAAUAUAAUAACAAUAUUAUUAAUAAUUAUAAUAAUAAUAAUAAUAAUAAUAAUAAUAAUAGGAUACAAAAUUCAAAUUUUCUUCAGCCAUAUUUGGGUGAUCGAUUAAAGAAUGAUAUAAAGGUACGUCAAAUCAUUCUUGUUUUUUUUUUUUUUCUUUUUUUUUUUGAUUCAACAAUUAGAAAGUGUAUCUCUCCUGAUACGGAGGUUUAUUUAGAUACAAUCUUAAAAAUAAAAAUAAAAAUAAAAAAAAAAAAAAAAAAAAUAAUAAAAAAACUUAAUCCGAAACGAAUAUACUGUUUAUUAAUUUCAAUUCCUAGCUCAGACAUAUAUCCCUCCGAUAGAGUUCCCUUCGAAAUUCCGCGUUUAAUUUUAAGUCUGGAACCGUGCGGCACGAUGACGACGAUCACCCGUCUGGAUUGCGGAUGCAUUCAAGAAACGACAAGACCUAUUUUCACCACGACGACAGGUCGAGUUCAGAAGAAGACGUGCAAUCAGUCGCAGGAUCAGGUACUUCUAAAGUUAACGUCCACCAAUCCGCAAGAACUUCUUUGCUCGUCAGUCGAGCCAAACAAAUUGGAACAAUACUCGCAAAGAUCUAAGAAGAAACGCAUUGGAAUAGAAUCAAGAAAUUAUGUAUUAAAUUCUAUUGAUGUUGUUGAUCGUAAAAUUGAAAAAGAACAUGAUCUACAUAAUCCAGAAAAUGUUCAAGUUUUACGUAAAUACAGCGACACGUCUACAACUUCCAUUUGAUAUCUCAAUUCGUGCGUUGAUGAUGAUAAUUAUGAUUAUUAUAUAUUAUUAUAUAUUAUAUAUUAUUUCUAUGUUGAAAAAUUAUAAUAUACUCUAUUCUCCUAUUAUAAGAAAAAAAAAAAAUAAAUAAAUAAAUAAAAUAAAUUAGAUAUAAUGACAUUGAUAAGUUAUCAAUCAAUAAAUAUAUAUGGAAAAAAUAAAAUCUAUUCUAUUA